AGCCGACUCGGGCCGCCGGUUUACUAGUCGCUUUUCUCUCUCAUCUCAUUCCAACCGAAGUUGACAAUCGUUCGUUGCCCACCCUACUGUCUUCAACCUCACCUAACCUAGCCGUCCACUAUCAACCAGGUGUGGUGUUUUUUUCUCUCAUCGUACUUGGAUCCUUCAAUUCAAAAUCUUACUGUUCUUGAUUGAUUCACUUCCUAUUUGAUUCGCUCCGUUUUCCGGUACAUGUGUCUGUUUGUAUAUAAAUUUUUCAUUCAUGAACACCGAUGUUUUGAUCUGGAAAUGUGGUUGCGCGUAUUGAAUUGAAUGAUUUGAAAUCGUAUUGCGUUGUUAAUUAGGGUUAAAUUAAGGCUGUGAAGAAGGAGAUAUGUGGGGAAUUAUCAGGCAAAGAAUCGUCAGCAGAGGAGGCAAUCCUGCAGCGAUUUUGAAUCGGUCCUUAGAGAGGAUUCCAGUUCUGCCAGCAGUUUAUGCCUCCAGGAGUUACUCAUCUGCAGCAAAAGAGAUGACAGUGCGUGAUGCCUUAAAUUCUGCACUUGAUGAAGAAAUGUCUGCAGAUCCUAAAGUAUUUAUAAUGGGUGAAGAGGUUGGUGAAUAUCAGGGUGCUUACAAGAUUUCUAAAGGACUUUUGGACAAGUAUGGUCCCGAUAGGGUUCGCGAUACUCCCAUUACAGAGGCUGGCUUCGCUGGGAUUGGAGUUGGUGCUGCUUACUAUGGGCUGAAACCUGUUGUAGAAUUUAUGACAUUUAACUUUUCAAUGCAGGCAAUUGACCAUAUCAUUAAUUCUGCUGCAAAAUCAAAUUACAUGUCAGCUGGUCAAAUAUCUGUGCCUAUUGUUUUCAGAGGACCAAAUGGUGCUGCUGCUGGAGUUGGUGCUCAGCAUUCCCAGUGCUACGCAGCAUGGUUUGGCUCAUGUCCAGGGUUAAAGGUGCUUGCUCCGUACUCAUCAGAGGAUGCUCGGGGUCUUCUAAAAGCUGCUAUAAGGGACCCAGACCCUGUUGUUUUUCUUGAAAAUGAGUUGCUAUAUGGCGAGUCCUUCCCUGUUUCAGCUGAAGCUCUUGAUUCUAGUUUCUGCCUUCCAAUAGGGAAAGCCAAGAUAGAACGUGAAGGAAAAGAUGUGACCAUUACAGCUUUCUCCAAGAUGGUUGGCUAUGCUCUCCAGGCGGCUGAGAUUCUUGCAAAGGAAGGACUUAGUGCAGAGGUUAUAAAUCUACGCUCGAUUCGUCCUCUUGAUAGAUCCACAAUCAAUGCUUCUGUUAGAAAAACCAACAGGCUUGUAACUCUCGAAGAAGGGUUCCCACAACAUGGUGUCGGCGCUGAGAUCUGUGCAUCUAUUCUUGAGGAAAGCUUUGAGUAUCUUGAUGCACCUGUUGAGAGGAUUGCAGGGGCUGAUGUCCCCAUGCCCUAUGCUGCAAAUCUUGAGAGAAUGGCCGUCCCACAGGUUGAGGACAUCGUUCGUGCAGCAAAGAGGGCUUGCCACAGAUCAGUGCCAAUAGCUGCAACUGCUUAG